AUGGCUACCAGCAACGCCGACUGUGACCAGCAAACCCACAUCACCGCACUAAAUCCAAACACACUGAACCCAAACACACUGCAAUACGGCAUCAUCUCCAGGCGCACAGCACGUACUAUCGUCUACGUCCCAACAACACCACAAGGCGCGAAGAUGCCACCAGCCCCGACCCGCGCCGUCUCGUCCAAAGAGCUCCCUCCUUCGGUCGAAGGCGCCUACUACCGCAAAUGCAUCGACCUCCGCCGCCGCAUAACCGACAUUGAAGAGAACAACGACGGCACGCGCCUGCGCAUCACACGCCUGAACCGCGGCAUCCAGAAGAUGCGCCUCGAGCGCGCAUUCCUGCUCGAGCAGCUGAACAAGCACAUGGAGUACAAUGUCGACGACAGCGAUCGCAGCAGCAGCCCACCGCCCACCCCAACCGAUAAGCCCUUGAGGAGCAAAAGGAGCCACAACAGGAAGGGCACGCCUCCUCUUGGUGGCAGCGCCGAGGGCCGACUGGGACUGGGCCCCCUGCCGCAUGCCAUCAACCCUAUGAGCAGUGCGCAGAGUACACCAGACCCGUCGGGACGGCCCCAGAACAGCUACUUCGGUGCCAUUGGCGCUGCCACGACGACCAGUCCACACACCGCUGUCAACGGCGCACCUCCUACACUUCCUCCCCUGCACGCGCUCCCGCCGCUGCACGCACAGCAGCCGCAACAGCAGCCACCCCCUCAGCGCGCCUACUUCGACCCGGCUUACGAUGAACAGCGCCCGCCCGCGACCGACGCUGCGCCCCCUCCACCGCACAACGGUGAUACCGACAUGACAGAUGCAGCUUUCACAGCCGUCAACCGCUAA